AUGCCACUAGUCGAUGUACCUGGUGCUAAAAUCGAUCCUGAUGGCGUUUUCAAAUAUAUAUUAAUAAAGGUAACAGAAAAAGCUACAAAGAAAGAAAAACUAAUCGUACGUGGGUAUGCUCGUUGCGCUUAUCAUGGCGAUGUGUUAGACGAAACAGAAAAAGAACUUGGGACAGAUUACGAACUGUUAUGUUUAGGUGGAGGUAGGAUCAAGCAUGAAUCGAAAAAUCACAGCAUAUUAGUAUAUGGUUAUUCACAGGGUUAUGGCCCUGCGGAUCACCAGAUAAGUGUCGAUAUCUUGAAAGAGAAAUAUCCCAAUUAUAAAAUCACCUUUUCUAAUGAAGGAUAUUAA